GCAGGACGGAGGAGGAUGUCACUCCAAAAACUCCUCCAGAACCUCAGAACUGUUAAAAAAUGCCAACUCCCAAACCCUUCUCAAAACCCCAAAGCCAAAAUUGCAGACACCAUUAUAUCCGCAAUUCUGAUCACCUCAACUUUUCAAACCAUCCCAGCAACCACCACCAAUCUCCUCUCCAAGCUUACCUCCAACUUUGUCCACCUCAUUCUCUCUGACCCUCGUAUACAAAUUCCCAAAUGCCUUGAUUUCUUCAAUUUCCUUGUGAAAAACCAAGCUUUACUCUCUUUUCAGCUCAGUAUUGAGACCCAUUUGACCCUUCUUUGCAGGCUUGUCAAAUCAAGAAAGUUUGAGGAUGCUGAGGAUCUUUUGAGGGCAUUCUUGAUUCUUCAUGAGAAUGGCAGGUGCCCAUUUUCUGCUAUUGCUUCAUUCUUUCAGAAUAACUGUUAUAAGCCUUUUAUUCGUGCUAAAGUUUUCAAUCUGAUGAUUAAAGUUUACUCUGAUAACCAAGAGUUCAAUAAGGCUACGCAGACAUUUGAUUAUAUGAGAAAUAAUGGUGUUGAGAUAAAUGAGAGAACUUGCACUAUACUUUUGAUCGAAAUAACGAGAUGUGAUCAGUUGGAGUUGGGAAUUGAGUUUUUUUAUCGAAUAGUAGAGUCUGGAAUUGAGAUUUCGGUGUUUUCAUUGACAGUUGUUGUUGAUGCCCUGUGUAAGAGUGGUGAGAUUAGAAGGGCUAGAGAAUUAGUUGAGAAAAUGGUCGGUUAUGGAAUAAGGCCUAAUAUAAUUACGUGUAAUACAUUGGUGGAUGCUUGUGCCAAGAGGUGGAAUUUUGACGAAUUGGAUAAGACGUUGGAGUUAAUGAGAAGAGAAGGCGUGGAAUUCAGUGUUGAGACUUACAAAUUUUUAAUUGAUGGAUUUUCAAGUUCCGGUAGAGUUAAAGAUUCCGAAAGGAUGGUUUUUGAGAUGCUUGAUAAGGGAUUCAAGAUGGAUGUGUACACAUGUAAUUUGAUUAUAGCAGGCUAUUGUAGAUUGGAUAAUGUAGAACGAGCAUUUUCGUUCUUCUGUACUAUGGAUAAGAGGGGUAUUGGUGCAAAUGCUGACACAUACAGGAUUUUGGUUUGUGGUUUCUGUAAGGUUGGAAAAAUUGAGGUGAUACAAGAACUUGUCACUCAAAUGAACCAUAAAGGAUUUGAAAUUGACCGUGGCACGUUUGAUACUUUAAUUGGUGCAUAUUGUAAACAAGGAAAAGUAGGUGAAGCCUUCUCAUUUUUAAAACUUAUGGAGGAGAAAGGAGUUAUUGCCGAUUUUGCUGUGCAUGAGAUGGUUCUGAGUGGCUUAUGUGAGUCAGGUCGAACUGAAGAAUCCAAGUUGCUAUUCAGUACUUUGAUGAAAAGGAGCCUAGCUUCUAAGGGCUCGAGAUUCGUUCCAUUGGCUGAGUCAUCAACAAGUCAAGAAAAUCAAAAGCAGGUUCACGGAGAUGAAGAAAUGAAAAUUAGCCCAAGUUCUGAUCUGUUGAGGUCUGUUCCUUUAAUUGAGUCAUCAAGAAAUCAGGAACAUCAGGGGCUGGUUUCUACAGAUGAAGAGAUGCAAAUUUGCUCUAGUUCUGAUUUAUAUUCUGGUCUGAUAGCCAUAUUGCGAGAUGGAAACUAGAUGACGUGUGGAAGUUGGACACUUUUGCAAGAGCUAAACCCAGACACAGACUUGUCAGAUGGGUUUGAUAGAUGCUUGACAUGAAGAGGAGGAUGGCAUUACUACUGGUAUGCAGAACUUUGAGAUAAAUUGCCUAAUUGACAAGCCCAUUGGUUCAUUUAGUAUAUCAGAUUCCAAAUCGCUAACUUGGACAAACUCACCCAAUGAUUAGGCUUCCUAUGCUCCUUUUGUGGGUUGUCAGAAAGAAAGAUUCAUCUGAUGUAAAGUACACGGAGUUACACUUGUAAUUUUUUUUCCCUGCAGCUGGCAGUUAAGAAGCUGGAAUUACUGCAGGUAUGGUGUAACUACAUCAGAUCCUUUGAAUGGCCUUGUCGAGGAGCUGUAGAGUGCUAAACCUAGAAAGACAUCAAGAUUCUAUAAAACACGAUGUUUAUGAUUUUUGCUGGUAGCACAUGCGUCCUGUAAUCAAGCAUCUGGGGACACAGCUUGGAAAGGCAGUUGGCAGUCAGGAUGUUGUUUUCAUCUCUAUAAGUCGUGGGUUUAAGGACCAUCCAGUUCCAGGUAUAAGGAACACAAUCUUGCAUUAUGAUCUCCUGGACCAAGAUAUCUGGACAGGUGUUUGAAAUUGGCAGUGGCAGAUGAUGAAUUGUUGAGAAUUGAAGAGGAGGAGUUCAAGCUACUCGCCAAGUUGACAAGAGUUGCUCCCUUUAAGAGCAAUUUUUGCAACACUUACAUGAGCCCAUAACUUGUGCUUUUCUUGAAAUUGCUGCUGCCUAAUGUAUUGCAUAAGAAACUGCGUGCUCUUACCUUAUGAAACCCAGUUGCCAAAAUUUCAAAUGUAAGCUUUGCUGUUAUCACUCUUUGAGUCCGCCUAUCACUGUGAAAAAAGGGGGUGCUGGGAUAUUUCUUGUGUGUUGAGUUUGAUCAAAGCUAUGACUUCAAGUCCUGAAGCUUUCUUAA